UCAAAACUUUCACAAGUCCACUUUGUUAUAAAUAGUGUCCUCUUCUCGUGGAGUAGCAUCACUGAUUAGACAACUCUCUUCCAACCACCAUGGCCAAUUUCAAAACUUUCUUCAUUUCCCAAACCCUAACCCUAACCCUCCUUUUCUCCACCCUAGUGACUGCCACUUACCACCACAACAUCUCUCCAAGUCUUGUACGUUCUCGUGAGAAGCUGACCCACCUUCACUUCUACUUGCAUGAAAUUUUUACUAGCGAAAAACCCUCGAACAUCGUAAUCGACCCCCCCAAGGUGGUAGCCAGCUCUCCACUUCCAUUUGGGUCGCAAGUGGUGAUCGAGGACCCAUUAACAAUUGGGCCUGAUGUGAAGUCCAAAGAAAUAGGCAAGGCCCAAGGGUUUUACCUAUCCGCAACCCAAAGGCCCGGUUUGGAGUUAGAGAUAGUCAUGGGGAUGGCUUUGACCUUCUUAGAAGGCGAAUUCAACGGUAGCAGUUUAAGUGUAUUGGGGAGAAACAAAAUCUUCAAUGAGGUAAGGGAGUUGCCAAUUAUUGGUGGCACGGGUGAGUUUCGCUUCGCACGUGGCUAUAUCCUUGCUAGGACUGUCAAGGUCGAUUACCAUAAAGGGGAUGCUACCGUCGAAUACAAUGCAUAUGUCUACCAUUAUUCUUCCACCAGCUCUUCUUCCUCUCCCCACCUUUUUAAUCAGGGACUUCAUUUAUGUCAUGGAGACUACUAAGCUUAUAAUAAACUCAGAAAAGAAAUUAGACUACAGAAGGUGGGGGCAUAAAUCCAAAGACCAAGUUGCUAAUUUACUCCUCUGAAUCUGUCCAGUACUAUAAAUAAAUUUGCUCUUUUCGUACACGGAAUUAAGUCUUUGUUGUAGUGCAAGUUGCGUCAGCUAAAUAAUGUGCCACUCAAAUAUUUUUUCUUUUGGAAAUGUUGCCCGUUGAUUAUUAUUUGUAUUGUGCAAUUGAAAAGAUAGAGAGAAAGUGGCCCGGAGUUGAAAACUUGAUAUCAUUACAAUGUGUACCAAAAAUGUGAAAGUUGUACUACCUUCUCUGUUCCUUUCUAA